AUGUCCCGCGAUUCCUGGACUUCUGGCGGCCCUGCGUUAGCUCCCACAAGCAGCACUAGCUCAAACUCUAGCUCAAGAUGGUGGUCUCCUCUGACGGCUGUGAACACGGCCAUCGCUAGCGAGUGGCAGAGUCCAUCAUCACGCCACGGUAAGACACCAGGCCGCAGAAGGCUUGCGCAAAAGCCGCUCCGAAGCACCUGCGCAUACAAGACUCCAUGUCAGUUUGAUGAGGGCUUCGACUCCACAUGCCACAGACCACAUGCUGAACUGCCCACUGAGCUGCCCGUAGGGCACAGGCUCGAAGCGAAGCCAGAUGCAUUUCUCUGGUCGCCCAUCAAGCUUGUGGACUCCUCAACACAGGCCACGGCUGGGGCUGAUCGAGAUUCCACAUCGUCUAGUAAGGGGAUAGUGUAG